AUGAUAGAAUUUCAUAUAAACGAUAUAGCUCGAAAGUCUACAAUUGUGUUUUGGCCACCGAUUGUAUACCCUUCUUCAAAACACGUCUCUCCGAUUUAUUAUUUUUUAUUAUUACUCAUUAAGUCAUCCAAAAAGCCGGAAAAGAUCUUAUCAUGGAUAAUAUGUGAUCUUUUCCCUACGCAAUGGACAGUAAGCACACAAAAACCUCCACUUUAUGCAAUUUCUUUAUUAAAAGGCGAAAACAAAGUAGUUAAUUACGCGAUCCUUGACGAAGAGCGAGUUCUUCAUGUUUACACUCCAAAACAGAAUUCAAGUUACGGAUACAAGUCAUUAUUUGCCGAAAGGACAUCUCGUGCGAAGAUUACAGACGAAGGGAAGCUCAACAUCUACGGGCCAAUCGGGAAUUUAGUUCAAAAGCUCGAAUUAAAUGAACCUAAGUUAUCAAAAUUUUGGGAACAAGUUUACAGUUCAUCGCCACCUCAUUUCUUUUCAUUUUUAACAGAAAUUGCAUUACCAUAUCCAUCAUUACUUUAUCAAUCGAUUUACAGGCAAAUUGUUCAUGUCGAUUUGAUUCCUGUCCAUGCCUUCUCGAAACCAGGUGUUAUCAAGCCGGAGAACUAUUCAGAUCUUCUUAAGAGCCUAUUUACCAUUGGUUUCUACUCACAAAAGUUUAUUCCCAUUGUUUCAACGAUUAUUUUAUCAGUUUACGAGAUUCCUACUGUUACAGCGGAAUAUGUUUCCUCUCCUUUAUGCAUUGUACAUCAUAUUGCACCUGCUUUAUUGAGUGCUAUCAAUAACAAAGAGUUCAUUGAGUUCAAAGACAAAAUCAUCAAUUACAUCAAGUCGAAAGAAAAGUUCAACAUUCUUGAGAAACCAGAAGAACUUGGCAAAACAUUUUUCACAACAAUGAAGUAUAUUUUAGAUGCUGCUUCUCUUUUACCAAUGUCCAUUCGCCAGAUAGCAUCAUUGAUCUCUACUUUUGCUACUAUUCGUUUCAAUUCUCGUAAUGAUUUGAUUACUAUUCUUUCUGAUUUUUAUUCAUCUUUGUUUACUGAUUUCUGUUUGAAAGACAAAGAUUUCAAUGUCACAGAAGUCCGUAAACUUGUUUACAUGACAUUUAAAUACAAUAAAUUGAUCCCGAAGUAUUCUUUUCCUGGCUGGAAUGAACGCAUCGAAAAGAAAUUUGUUCCUUUGAUACAUAAACUUGUUUUUGAACUCGCGAAGCCAAUAAAUAAUGUUGAAUAUCAAGCACCAUCACUUAAGAAACUUGAUGAAUCUCUUGGUUGCAUUGUUGGCAUAAUUGUAAAGAAUCAAAAGAGCAUAUUAAAAGAAGUCAACGAACUUGAGUCUGGAAAAUUCAGAACUACAUGUUUAAGUUGGCUUUUCGCAUCAUCAUUAGUUUUACAAUUUGAUUUCCUUGAAAAUGAUGAUGUCAAAGCAGCAAAAGCUCCACCAAUGAUUGGUUUGUCUCCUCUUUUUAUGGAUAAGAAACGCUCUCUUUUCUUUUCAGCUCUUUCCCUUGGAAUUGAUUGCACAAAGUUCUUAAAUGAUGAUCAGCAAACAGAUGAAACAGAACAAAAGCCAAUCAAUGUAUAUGAUGAAAACGGUGAACAACAAAAUAUUGAAGAAACAGAACAAACUGAAAAUGAAAAUGAAAUUAAAAAUGAAAUCAAUGAUGUACAAAGUAAUGAUGAUUUCGUUGCAUAUGAUUCUGUUUCUUCUUCUUCAACUACUUCAGUGUUUGAUUAUCCUUUCGCAGAACCAAUUGUCGACAAACGAGCAGCUUUCGUUGAUUAUCCAAUUGUUAAUCAAGAACAAUCUGAUAUUUCGGAUUUUUCAAGUUCAGAUGUUUAA